AUGGAGGAGGAAAGCAUUAGAAGUGUACGAUGUGAUCGAUCAAUCAGGGACCCAGAGAAGCCAAACACCCUGGAGGAGCUGGAUGUGGUGACAGAAUGUGUGGAGGUCCAGGAGCUUGGAGAAGACGAGUACCUUAUCAUUAUCAAGUUCUCGCCAACCGUCCCUCACUGCUCUCUUGCGACGCUGAUCGGCCUGUGCUUACAAGUGAAACUGCAGAGGUGUCUGCCCUUUAAACACAAGUUGGAAAUUUACAUUUCAGAAGGAACCCAUUCUACAGAAGAGGAUAUUAACAAACAGAUCAAUGAUAAGGAGCGGGUGGCGGCUGCCAUGGAGAACCCAAACCUGAGGGAGAUCGUGGAGCAGUGUGUCACCGAACCGGACGACUGAUGGACCAAGCUCCGCCCACCUGAGGCCAACACCUCAGGGUCCUUGUGUGUGUUUGAGUGCCUGGAUGUUCUUCACAGAAACCGUGCGUGUCUGUCUCAUGGCAGAGGCUUGUGUCGCCUCUGGGGAGUUUGCAGAUUUUUGGGGAUCCUUUUCAUUUUCAGUCCUCUGAAUAAUAGAGCAGAUGGAUGCCAGAAUAAAGGGACAGACGUGUUGUGACUCUCUCAUCAUUCCCUGCUGGACGGCCUCGCGGUGAACGACAGUGUGCUUUUGUCGUUGGCAGUGGAGCUUUGGAUCAGACUCUGCAGAGGAAGAGGAUGAGCGACUGAAGAAGAUAACUUGUAUCCUACAUCCAUCCCAUCUGGCCUUGUUCUGUUUCAUCCUCUGUGAACCAAACACAUUGCAAAGAGAAAAGGAUCUACUGUCAGAAGUUUUUUUGUUGUGUUUUGUAAGAAUAAAACGGCAUUGACAUAUUCCUUCUAUGAUUGACACUGAACGUGUCCUUUUGUAAAUGCACUCGUCAGGUGAAUCACUGAGAUUGAUUUGAAAUUAUUCUUCUAAAGGUGAUUUUUUUUUUUUUUUUGUUCCUUUUUUAUGUGAUAUACAAAAGAAACCAGGUAUUGAAAGCUUGAAUAAAAGCGGCUUUUAAGUCA